AAAAACCGGCACACGGCCUGCCAUCGCACGAGUUAGAGCAUUGUAUUGCAUGGGCUUAGGAGCAGAGAGUCUGCCAAAGUUCGGCACCACAGCACGGCAGGACGAACUAUAGGCUCGCAUCCUCAUGGUAGGACACCGUCCAGAGAAUUUGUACUGUAUCUGAGUCUUCAGAGUCUGAUCGGGGGAUUUAGAGCAGUGGAUAGAAGUCACGCAGUUUUGGAAAAUCACCGUGCUAGGGCAGGCCUCCCAUACCGUGCCAAAGCGCCUCCCGCCCCGUCAACAUUAUAGAGGUGACGCGCUAGAGACACACACCGCGCCGUGUGGAGCUAGUGGAGGGAACCCACCCAUCAGUGCAAACCGGCGACCCCCUCCACCGAGCCUGACUUAGGAGGUGCCCGCUUGCUGACAUCGCGUGUUCAAAGCCCGUCGCAGACCCACCGUACUCCGCCGCAACAUGGCGAUGGCAGUUAGUACCUGGAGUAGCGACGAUCUGGCCGGGGAUAAAUCACGACAGCAAUCGCAGCAGCAACAGCACACUAACUCCCAACCGAUUCAACCCCCACCGGUGCGUCUUGGCACAUGGAGCCGGGACGAGCUGGGCUCGGACAAGUCUGUGGUGUCCCAACCUCCAUCACAUUGGAGCACUGUUAACGUCAACGAUGAACUUGCCGGGGAUAAGAGCCAGCAGCAUGCCCCCCAGGCCACCCCACAGCCGCCGCAAACACCGGGAACUCAGGGGAUCGGAGUGCAGCAACAGCACCAAACACCACAACCCACCACCCCGACGCAACCCAGUCAAACAACACCCACACCAGGGCAGACGGCCCAAAGUCAAGUCCCCCAACAAACCCAACAGCAGCAACAGCAGAGCCAGCAAAGCCCACCCCACAUUGAGUGCGUGGUGUGCGGGGACAAAUCAAGCGGGAAACACUACGGGCAGUUCACCUGUGAGGGGUGUAAAAGUUUUUUUAAGCGGAGCGUUCGACGGAAUCUGAGCUACUCGUGUCGGGCGAAUCGUAACUGUCCCAUAGACCAGCACCACCGUAACCAAUGCCAGUACUGUCGGCUCAAGAAAUGCCUGAAGAUGGGCAUGAGGAGAGAAGCAGUACAGCGCGGACGAGUGCCACCGUCACAGCCAGGACCAGGCCAGUACCUCGACGGCCGAUUCGAGGGCCACUCGUUCCUGUCUGGUUACAUCUCGCUGCUUCUCCGGGCCGAACCCUACCCCACCUCCAGAUAUGCCCAGUGUAUGCAGACCAACAGUGUCAUGGGCAUUGAUAACAUCUGCGAAUUGGCGGCGAGGUUGCUCUUCAGCGCCGUGGAAUGGGCCCGUAAUAUUCCCUUCUUUCCGGACCUUCAGGUGACCGACCAGGUUGCCCUGCUCCGUAUGUGCUGGAGCGAACUCUUCGUUCUGAACGCGUCCCAGUGUUCCAUGCCCCUCCACGUUGCCCCCCUCCUCGCUGCCUCGGGACUCCACGCGAGCCCCAUGUCGGCAGAUCGGGUUGUAGCUUUUAUGGAUCAUAUUCGGAUAUUCCAAGAACAGGUUGAGAAGUUGAAGGCGUUACACGUGGAUUCGGCCGAGUACAGCUGCAUGAAAGCAAUUGUUCUCUUCACAUCCGAUGCCUGCGGUCUGUCCGACGCCGCACACAUCGAGAACCUCCAGGAGAAAUCACAGUGCGCGCUGGAGGAGUACGUACGGAGCCAGUACCCGAACCAGCCUAACCGAUUCGGCCGUCUCCUCCUGCGUCUGCCCUCCCUCCGGACCGUGUCCUCGCAGGUCAUCGAGCAGCUGUUCUUCGUCCGGUUAGUGGGCAAAACGCCGAUAGAGACGCUAAUUCGCGACAUGCUACUAUCAGGCAGUUCCUUCAGCUGGCCCUACAUGACCGUGCAGUGAUAUUAACACGGGUUUGCCGUUGAGGGCGUGUUGUCAUAGUAAUAUAGGUAUGUCGAAUUUAUAUAAAAAAAGGAAGCAAGAGAGAGGGUUAAACAGAGACGGGAGAGAAAGAGUUGGGAUUUAUGAGAAAAAAAACACUCCUCAAAAUGACUGUGUUUGGAAACUGUUGGAUAAACCAGAGUUACUUGAAUGAAUCUAAGUCCUACAAUGAUAUCUAACGCAAGGUGGCGCCCCUCCGAUUUGCGAACACUGCUGGUGUGAUAAUGAGUUUAACUUAUACUUAAAGAGCUUUUCAUUUUUACAAGAGAGCCUUUCAAAAAGGCUGUGACGUCACUUCGUUUAUAAUCUGUCCCACAUUUCCAAGGGAAAAUUUAAUUCGUUUUUUGGCUUCAUGAAAUGAAGCAUAGAAACAAUGUUGUUUUCUUCGGUAUUAAUUAAUACCUUAUUGUAAUAUAUUAUUAUUCUUUUGAAAUAAUGUACUUGUUUGCGAUUUGGGAGGUAUUGGUGGUCAGAGCAGGUUAUGUUCAUCUUAAAUAAUUAUUCGAAACGGUUAUGAAAUUACAAGCUAAUAAAGUCCUAUUCUCAAAACCAUAAAUUAGCAACGGCAAUUAUGAUGAUGACUUAACACUGAGUCUGACUAACUCACAUUCAUACUGUUUAAGCUAACAUUAAAGACAAUGGACACUAUUGGUAAUGGUCAAAGACUAGUCUUUUCACUUGGUGUAUCUCAACAUAUGCAUAA